AUGAAUGAAAAUGCUACAAGCCCGAUGGUUGACAAUGGUUCGAGUGAGGACAUCCCAGCCUCAAACUCCUGCAGCAAGGACGAAUCGUACAAGUACGUUUUCCUGCCAGUGUGUUACACCUACACCUGUAUCCUCAGCUUGGCACUCAACUCCAUCAUCCUCUGCAGCAUCCUCAAAAGGCGCAAAGAGUGGAACUGCUCCCUCAUCUACAUGUUCAAUCUUGCUCUGACUGACUUCAUGUAUGGCCUGUCGCUGCCAUUCCUCAUUGCCAGCUACAUCAUGCACGAUGUCUGGGUCUUCGGGGACUUCACCUGCCGCCUGGUUCGUUUCCUCUUCUACUUCAACCUCUACUGUAGCAUCUUCUUUCUGACCUGCAUCAGCUUCCACCGCUACCUUGGCAUCUGCCAUCCCAUGAAGACCAUCACCAUGGAGACCAAGAAGACGGCCCGGGUGGUCUGCGUGCUGGUGUGGCUGGUGGUCCUGGCCCUCACCUGCCCUAUCUUUCAUUUCGCCAAGACCGCCACCUUCAACAAUGCCACUAACUGCUGGGACGAUGCCCUCGACACCGAAUACCCGCACUACGUACCCUAUGGGAUCAUCCUGCACUCGGUCGGCUUCUUCCUGCCCUUCUCCAUCAUUGCCUGGUGUUACUCGCGCGUGAUUAAGACAAUCUUCAAGACCAUCAGCAACCAGGAGUUCAAGUCAGCCGUGCCGGGCCUGGAGAAAAGGCGCAAGUCUAUCAAGACCAUCGUGACCAUCACCCUCCUCUUCGCCCUCUGCUUCCUCCCCUUCCACGUGACCAAGACUAUCUUCUUGGUCAACAAGGCCGUCCCUGAUGUGGCCUGCGCCACCAAGAGGGUGGUGACCAUCUGCUACAAGGUCACCAGACCCUUGGCCAGCUUCAACGCCUGGCUCAACGCACUGCUUUACUUCCUGACCAAGGACAAGUGGCCUCAGAACUGCCUGAAGCCCAAGAAGAACGCCGACGACUCCAAGUCCUCGUGGAACAUUUUCAAACCCUUCAACCACUUGACGCCUCCUUCGUGA